CGCACAUUGCGGAUGAAUCCCACACGAACUCCUUCCAAUCGAAGCCAAUCCGUCAGCGACGACGAUGCCGUCCGCGCGACCAACGACGAUGCUGCGACUGCCAAGCUGUCGGCUGUGAAUCUCGGUUACUGGAGCGACCCGUUCAUCUCGCUGUUUGUCAAGCGCACCGACAAGAAGAUCCCGCUCAUCCAUCGCGGCUACUAUGCACGAGUCACUGCCGUCCAUUCGAUACUGAAGCAAUUCAUGGCUGUGACAACCGAAACCUUCAAGCAGGUUGUCGUUCUUGGAGCUGGGUUUGACACGAGCUAUUGGCUGUUAAAGCUGGCCGAGCAACGGAUACGAUGGUACGAAGUCGAUUUCGAGGCUGUUGUGAUGCGGAAAGCGGCCGCCAUCCAUCGCCAAACCCCGCUCAAAACCGGACUGCGCGUCAGCGAAGAUGAGCCCGAUGCGCCUUACGUGUAUAAGAAUGACGGGCAGCAAGUGCACACAAACCGGUAUCAUUUGAUAUCUGGCGAUUUGAGACAGUGGGAUCAGCUGAAGGCCAAGCUUGCAGGCUGUGACUUUGAUCCCAGCCUUCCAACUCUCGUGCUUUCAGAAUGCGUAUUGAUCUAUCUGCCGCCAGAAAAUGCAGCAGAGAUUAUUCGCUGGGCUGGCAGCCUACCACAAAGCAUCUUUGUCAAUUACGAGCAGAUUCUGCCCAACGAUGCCUUUGGCGUAACGAUGGUUUCAAAUCUCGAGCUCCGCCAAUGUGCUCUGCUCGGUAUUCAGGCCGUGCCAGAUCUGGAAGCACAACGACAGCGAUUUUUAUCGAAUGGGUUUGCACACGCACACGCUCUGGACAUGAUUGAGGUGUACUCGGCUGUUGUUCAGGGAGCCGAGCGAACACGAAUUGAGCGCAUCGAGCGAUUUGACGAAAUGGAAGAGUGGGACAUUAUGUUGCGGCACUACUGUUUCAGCUGGGCAGUGACCUCACAGCCAUCUGCCUUUGCAGACAUUGUACUUCGCCCUAGCUCUCGAUGACCAGCAGGGUGCAUCCGCGUACACCCUCCUGUACCUUGUUCUUUUUGACGCGAAUCGUGUUUUGUGUUCAACCUCUGUUUGAUUUUUUUUUGAAAUGGUUUCUUUUCAAAUCCACUUCCAUUUCAAA